GCCGAAUGAAAGAUUAAGAUAUGAUAAUUUCUAUAUCGGUCUCGCAUACUCCUUGUCGCGCGACCGUCGCAUGGUUAGCACUGGUUUAGCUUUUCGUUCGCUUGAUUGCGGAAAACGAGCCACAUGAUUUUUUACUGACACAGCAGCUAUUAGGAAAAAUAAAUACAUAUUAGCAACGAAAAAGCAAUAAAGAUGUCAGCCACUCAGUGUCCGGUGGGCACCAUGGUGUGGAGCGAAUGGACGCCCGGAAACCGCAAAGUCGCUGUGGUUUACGCGUAUUACCCCGAUACCAACUUCUACCACUUAGAUUGGAUCCACCAACGGGCGUUCUGCCACGAUCUUCGCUCUGGUCACGAGAAUGAGGACCGGUUCAAGGUGUAUUGUCAACGACGACCGUGGCAGGUGCACAUAUUAGAUGAUGAAGAUGAAUGCUUGUUAUCAUUUUUACGACCACGACGAUAAUUAACGACUUCGAGGAUGCAAUUCCAUUGAUACUUACACAGCCCACCACGACCUCCAAUUUUACUAUUUGGUUAGCGCAUCGCACGAUUCCUCCAGUUUAUUACACCACAUCAAUCGAAAUUCCUUUUCCCGAUAUGAAGAUUUUCAAUCGAAAAAUCUAGAUGUGGCACCACUCGAACCAGAACGCGUGCGGGGCGUUCGAGGGGGGCAGCUCCACCCCGGGCCUGCAACAGGGUGGGGACGACGUGACAGUGGACGACGGGAAGGGGGUAUGAAUUGCAAAUGUGUCUCGGUCUGGAAGGUUGCAACUUGUGAUGCUGCAUUUGGAUACUACAAAAAUCUGUAUUGCAUGAACAGCAAAAGCGGUCUCGUUUCUGCCACGCCGAGAGGGCAUUUCUCGUGCGGUAUAGGCAUCAGGAAGCUCUCGUCACAAAAUCUGUGAUGCUAGGGCAUGCAUCACAGACGUCAGAGGUCAUGCAAACUGUGCAUGACACCUUCCACACCCAGACAUGUUUGCAUUUAAUAGGGGGUGUUCAUCGGGCUGGGCGUUGCCAUCGCGAUUGUCUCCGCGUUGUACCUGUGCUACAAGUGGUAUGGAUGUGUCAGAAUCGAAAUUGACAAAUAUCGAAAACUUUGUGAUGCAUAAAAUCGAUACCAGUUGGGGCCUCAGUUUCCAAGUGGCGCAUGACAAAUUUCGGGAGCACCCAAAUCCAGUCUGUCGUGCUGUUUGGACAAAGAAGACUGUUCCUGCCAUGCUACUCUGGCAGCGCAUUGCAUACCCCUAAACAGGCUUACAAUCGGUCUCAGUUGCCUGCUCCCCAACACAGGCCUUCAGUGCCCUGCAUUUUAUGCAUCACAAGUUUUUCGAUUUUGUCGAUUUCGAUCCUGACACAUCCAUAAGUGGGCCCAGGGGGUCGUGCGGGAGAAGCACAUGAAGGAGCAUGGGGAGUACCCGAAGAAGCGGACAUCGUCGUUCCAGUCGCCGGGCAAGUCCGGCGGGUGGACGGCGUGGAUGAAGGACGCGAGCUUCACCUGGAACAAAACCAUGUCACCCUGGAAGUCGUUUUCGCCGCAAAAGGACCUGGACAACCACGACGGUAUUGCGCCCGGUGGUCACGCUCACGGGGGAAGCGCGAAUAAACGGGAUUCAUACAAUCGCGGGCCGUCGCUGUGGGAGCUGGCGCAGCAGGAGUACGGCGGCCAACAGGUUGCUGGAGCAGAAUUUCUACCGCAGCACCCUGGGCAGCUUCAACUCCAACACCCACAACUUCUGAACACUAGCGAGCACGAACUUCCCAACAAGAAGAUGAACGGGCGCAUAAGCAAAGGCACUGGAGGUGCAGCAGUUUCUGCGGCGGGACCGCCCCGCGACAGUCGUCGGCCUAGUCAGAACAAGCUUUACGGUGGGGGAAGUACUCACUCGAUCGGGUCAACGGCCGCCAGUGCGACCGCAUCUUCCGCGGCCCCAAGUGCGCGCGGCGUGUACAACAACAAUCCGCCGUUGCCGAGUCCGAACUCGAUGGAAGUCGUGUCUGUCGAUUCUGCGGUCACCCCCCGACACCCGGGCUUGGCGAUCCUGAAUCCCCUGAAACUGUUCCCAACCGACGAGGAAACCAAGCGGGGGUACAAGUUUCCAACCGGAACAUCUUCAAGGCCAACUGGUGCAACUACUACUUCCCAACCAGCGUCUCGCCGCCCAAGCGUGGACUCGCAAAUGAGCCGACAAUCCGCGCAGAUAAAUCAGCGGCCGAGUAAUCGGGUGGCGCCGGUGCCGCCGGGCGCUGCAUCAACCGGAACAAGCACCUCCGCCUCUCGCCGCCCGUCACAAAACACCCAGCUACGCAAUGGUGCGUUAUCGUACCACGUGGCAAACAAAUACGCGGUGCGCUAAGAAGCUCGAUUGGCGCAAUUUAUGAUUUCUUCCGAAUGUUUCAGCUCUACUUUUUUGUGUACGAUAGGUAUACUACAGCAGAUUUCCACAGGUUUUAUUUUCGUAAAGAGCAAGGCUUUUUAACCACGUUUGUUUGAUGAAAGCAUGAUAAAUCGUAGAAAUUUAUUUGGAAAUUAACGCACCACAACACUAGGAUGGGCAGCGAUACUCGUGAUUCUACAUGCACCUUCUUGAAGCCGCAUUUCAGUACUACCACCGGCUACAACGCAAGGUACUGAGAAAGCCUAUUCGCGGAGACGCUGCCAAAAAGGUACACUAGAAGGAGCCAUCGUCGUAUACAUUGAAACUGCAUGUCGACAUAAAAAUGAAUUCAAAUAAAAAUAAUAAGCGAGCACCGGAACACGCUCUCCUCUGCCUAC